AUGGAGCCACAACAAACUAUUCCGCAGGUAGUAGAGGGAAAAAAAGAUAAGGCUCAGAAUCUCACAACAGCGCGGGCACAAGCAUUGAUGCUGCGACAUAAGGAGAAUAGUGUAAUGCCGUUCACAGAUGGCGGGGACAAAACUGAGCCUUCUGCCUCUGCUGAGAAACCUCAUGAUAAAGACACAGCUGAGAAGCAGCGUCGUGUAACUCCUGCCAAUGUUGUUGACCUGGAAGCCAAAUUUGGUAUGGGUGAUACCGCUACGAAUGACUUCCCUGGACCAGUGGCUGAGGAUGAAAUGAUGGAUGCGUCAUCUCUGUUUCUGCCCAGCACGGUAUCCCGUGUUAAACUGUCGGAGCUGUACCACAAUGCUGUACUUUCCAUUUACGAGGGGAACCUUUCGGCCACCCUUGAGAACAUCAAAGAGGGCGCUAUGCACGGUCACGGUCGUCUGCACUGGUUACUGGGCAUACUAUAUGCGAACGGCAUUGGCGUGCCGCAAUCCGAGACCAAGGCAAUCUUGCAUUACACCUUUGCUGCAUUUGAGAACAUCUCUGAGGCACACAUGGCACUUGGGCGCCGUUAUACUGACGGAAUUGGCGUCGCGAGGAGUUGUGAGGACGCCUUAAUGCACUACCGCGAGGCUGCCGACGUCGUUGCUGCGAAGUACGAGGGCAUGCCAGAUCCCACUGAGCGGUUUGCCGAGCAAACCGCUAUGGGCGUAUCCAAGAAACAUCAACAUGAUAAUUCAAAGAUGUUGCAGUUGCUCAUGUUGCGAGCAGACGAGGGGGCCACGGACGCGCUCAUUGCGCUUGGCUACGCCAAUUUCAUGGGAAUACGUGGCGUACGUCGCAAUUGGCACCAAGCACGCGUUUACUUCCUUGACGCCCUGGCCAAAGGUGAUGUGGCCGCGUACGGUGCCUUGGGGAGGUUGUAUGCCACAGGCGACAACACCACUAGUCCUGUGAUUGAGCGAGACCUUGCGACUGCUGCGGUUUAUUUUUCACAGGGCGCAAAGGAAAAUGACUCCGUCUCACUUAACGGUAUGGGCUACCUACACACCAUUGGCUUUUUCGAAAACGAGGAUGCGUCGACAACAGCGGAACGACGCCCGAACUUCGAGAAGGCAGCAGAGUUCUUUGGAGAGAGUGCGCGCCGUGGGAGCGUGGAGGGGGUAUACAACCUCGGAGUCUUGCUGCUGCACGGUCGCGGGGUGCCGCAGGAUCAGAACGCCGCGAUGGAGCGGUUUGGAGUAUCUGCGUUGCGGGGCAACCUUCUCUCCAUUUGGCAACUUGCCCGCCACGAGCAGCGGCGGGGCAACUGUGAUCAGGCAACGCUCCUAUACAGUCGGGUGGCCAUGUUCCAUCCCAUUUUUGAUCGCGACACCGAUGUGCCGUAUUUCGCUCUCAGCGACACGUCGUCCUCGUUGUUGCCGUCACCAGCACUACUUGCUGCACGCACGGAUAACAUGCUCGUGCAGGUUCUGGAGCUACUCGCCAUGGCGGAGACUGGGCACGCCGCGUCGCGGUACGAUGUCGCGCAGCUGCUGGAUCGACUGCCCAUUAUAGAGGAGACCGAGGAUGAACUUGAGGACAAGAUUUUUGCAAAGAGUAGCCGCCCGCCUGACCGUGCCCUGCAAGUCGGCAGGGGCGCGGUGUGGCUGCAGUGGUACCACAACGCCGUGCCGUUUGCGUCAAGUGGAAAAACUUCCCCCACUCCGCUUCCAAGAGCACGACUUCUGUCGCAGCGAGAGGCACUUAACAUGCUGCGACUGCGCCUGUACGGAAUGUGUGCUCACGCUGGCAACGCCGAGGCAAACCUGCGACUGGGAGAUUUCUACUACCACGGUGAAAGUCAAAUUGUGGGCGUGAACAUGUCGAGAGCGUUGCUGCACUACGAGGCUGCCGCGGCGAAGCACAACUCCAAGGCGUAUUUUAAUUUGGGAUUUAUGUACCAACUGGGCCUUGGAGUGCCUGGACGAGAACAAUUUGUUAGCGUCUGGGAGGCCCUCUACCGUAUCAUCACCAACACCAUACUGGGGUCAGCGGAGGAAGAGGGCAGCAACGAGGGCAACGUUAGCGGCAAGUUGAGGACGGCGGGUAUUCAAGGCGCUCUUCUCGCGGAGGAAAUGCGGUUGUACUUGGCAAAGCGUUACUACGACCGUGCCAUGGAGUUUGGCUCAAACGGAAGCGCCUUUGCAGUGAAACUGGCCCUGAUAACUCUCAACCUGCAGUGGUGGUGGACGUACUUUUCACACCAGCAAUACGGCUUUUCUAAGCUGCUGCAGCUGCCGAUGCCGAUGACGCAGGAUAUAGUAAUGACGGCUUCUGAAAUCAGCAACGUCAUGACCACGGUACUGGAACCUCGGGAAGAGAGGGAAGCAAUGCAACCAGAGCAACCACGGCAGCAGCAGCAGCAGCAGCAGCACAGUACGGAGUUAGGGAUCCUUCCAGAUGAGGGGCAGAUUGAGUGGCGGUGGGACGAUUACGUCUUCACGUCGAGCGCAGGGCUUCUGUUUUUGCUGUUGCUGCUCCGUCACCAUGCAGCGUAA